AUGGAUAUAAAAAAAAGAUCAUUUAGUUUAAUAUUAAAGAAUCAAUAUAUAUUUAAAUUGAUAAAGAGAGAUAUUAGAGAGAUACAUAGACAAUUGUAUAGAGACAGAGAUAGGAAUGGAGAGUGUGUCGAUCGGUCUAGUGAACGAGCUAUUGAAAUGGUGUGUCUAAAGAUGACACGUCUCUCUGAUUUUACUGUUGUGUAUAAUCACCAACGACCACUAUUCGUCUCACCAAAGAUACUCUAUAACGCUUGUAGAGGUGGGUCACUUGAUAUUGUCAAAAUGCUUCUACAUCAAACCGAGCCUAUUCAACUUGACAGAUCGUUGGCGUAUGCCGGUGCUAUUGCAGGUGGUCAUUUGUCAAUACUCCAACAUCUCAAGACGACCGACGUGCAGCCACCAGACUUUACCGAGUUUCACAUGUGGAACGAAUGGCUCGAAGAUGUCCAGCCGACCGUAGGAUGUCGAGAUGCCAUUCGAUGGGUCAUCUCCAACUUUAACAGUAACCUCGAGUACACUAGCAACUACCGUCUCUUAUUGGUCCGAGUACACGAUAUCAUCGGACUACCCAAACCAGCCAACGGAGGACAAGACCUACCCUAUGAAUACCUGUCAUACGAUCCAACACUUAAAUACAUCUAUUCAACCUUUCAACAAUCUCCUUCAACUCAAAUAGAUUAUUUUAAAUUUAUUUUUGUUCCAAGAGACAAUAAUAAUAAUGAAAUGACAACAAUUGAUGAAUUUAUACAAAAGACAAGAUUAGAAAUUAUUCAUCGUCAUCCAAAUUUAAAUAAUAGAGAUAAUGAUCAAUAUGAAUAUUUAAAUCAAUUAAUAGUUAAAUAUUUAUACAAGAAUUAUUUAAAGGGAGGUGGGACGAGUCAAGAGGAUAUUAUAUCGUUUGAAUUGUUGGACAAGAGUGGUGAUUUGGACAAGGUUAUGGAUUAUGCAAUCGACUCGUUGUUUGGUGAUGCUAAACGUGUUAUUCUGCCAGUAUGCAAUUUAGCUCAGAUUCAAUGGUUGGCAGACAAUGAAAUGGAGAGUGUCGAAGAUGAACUGUCGUCCUACACCGAGGUAUUGUUUAAAAGACGUGAUGCAGAGAUGACCGAUAUUUUGGGAUGGUUGCGUGUUCAUUUGCCAUCCUUUUUUGACAAGCAUCAUUUUGCAUGUCACCCAACUCUUCUAGAUGCCAUGUCAAUUGACCAAAUAGUACAAUCCAUCUUUCUCGGUGCCGUCGAAAACAACUGUGACCAAAAGAAACAAAUGGCACUCGAAUACACUGUCGAAUCUGAACGAAUUGACUUGUUACAAUCGAUUUUAGAAACACUUCAAACCAAUGAUGAAAGAAUCGUUGAACUUCAAACUUGCUCGUCUCAAUCAACAGAUGGAUUGGAGGAAAAGGAAAUGGUUGAAUUGGAUCGAUUGGAAAAGACCAAAUGGACAAGUAUUGGAAAACACAAGAUUGACAAGAUAGAAAAAGGAAAGUCUGAGAGUUACCUGGUCAACGUACUCGACCUUUUCAACGAGUAUCUGGGGUACCGUGAUUGGGAGGUGUUUGGUACCGUCGCACAGGACAUUCGUGACGGUAUUGGUCGAUGUGCUUCAGUCGAGUUGUACGACCGACUCGCAUCAAUGAAUCAAGAGCAUAGCCAAAUCGUUCAACACCAUGCCAUCAAAUAUCACCAAAUCAAAUUGAUCAAACAUAUUAUUGGUGGUGACAAGUCAUUUUCAGACGAGUCAAACGAUCCUACCAACCUCUUGAAACAAGUAUGUGAAAGUGGUAGUGUAGAGGUAUUUGAUUACUUUUGUCAAAUCUAUCAUGCAUCGGCUGAUACUAUACGUUGGGAUAUACUAUUACCAGUAAUCAUUAAACAUGGACAUGUCUCAUUAUUGGCCCAUGUACUUUAUGACAGCAAAAAUAACAACUCUAUCAACAACAAUAACAAAAGAAAAAAAAGAUUACGUACUGUUAGUCCAAGAUCAUUAUCAUUGGACCAAACUUUCAACUCUAGUCAAAUGGCAACAGAGAAUCCUCCAUCAAAAACAACAAGAUUAGUAUUAGGAUUAAAAGUAAAGAAUAUAUUAUUUUCAUUGGAUCAAAGAGAAGUAUUGGUAAAUGCACAUGAUCAAGCUGCAAUGUUGAUUCUCAAAGAACUAAAAGAUAGAAAUCGAUUAAAUAAUAGUACUGAAAGAUUAUUAAUGAUGGAACAACAAAAUGAACAUUUAAAUGUUUUGGCAGAAAAGGAAAGACAUAGAGAUCAAAAAAAAAAAGAUAAAAUCGAUAGUCGUAGUAAUAGUAAUAGUGAUAAUCAUCAAAUAUUAAAAUAUUUAAAUAAAGAUAAUUAUUAA